AUGGAUGGGCUGUUUAUCACAAUUUUGUGUCUCAUCGUGAUAGCCUACCGUCUUGAGCGUGUCACGUCCUGCUCUGACGGUAAGUUUCCUCGCUUAUUUAACGAUAUCUUUCAAAGAAGAGCUUAUCUUUUUAAUACUUUCCAGGAAUAGUAAGCAGUCAGGAAAGGGACACCAGGUAGAAUUCGAGUAGAAACUGUAAUUAUAUUUUUCCUCAGAUUAUUGGAAAUGGCUUGAUUUUCCACUGGCUCUCACGACGCCAGUUUUCACAUUCAGACUAACAUCUGUGCCCCUUUUUAAGCAACGAAAAUUUUGCCUUCACAGUGAGGUUUGCAUAGGAUCCUUGAUUGCGUUGCUCUAAAAGACUAAUGAAAAAUAUUACAGUUAAGCUUAUGCCGACAUUUAAAUAGAAGAAAAUCUGAGUGAUUUUUCCUAAUUGAAUCUUAACAAGUACCUUCAACGCAGUAACGGCUAACGAACAAGUAGUAAGAUCUGUAUCUUAAAAUGAAAAAAAAAAAAAAAAAAACUGAGCUCAGAAACAAGCGCAUUUUUGUUAACUUUUCACAAGAAUUGAUUACCAGUUUGCAGGUGAAUCUUAUCAUAUUAUAUACUCGGUUCCAGAUUUACAUAAUUUGCGUACGUUCAAAUAGUAUACAGCGGAACAUUUGAGUAGUAAAUACAGCUUUAGCGCUAAUAACAAACAGAAAUGUUGUUUCCAUUACCAAAUAUUGUCUCACUAAAAAGGUUUCAUAUUUUUUAAUCGUUUCGACCGUUCAAGUUAAGAUUGGAUCUUUGGCAAUUUGAUGUGUUUUUAUGCACUCACCAUUCAUUAAAAUCUAUGUAUGAAAAUAUGGAUGAAACUCAUCGACGAACAUAAAAGAGACCUAGGGUGCGUUGUAAGACUAACAAGUUGAUUUAAUUGCAUGUAUUGCCUGUGGCAUGAACAAGUCUGAGUUUUAGUUUUUUAUUACAUCUUGCCAAUUCCCCUCGAUCUGCACAUAAGGUUCCCACACAAAUGAACAAACAAAAAAAACAAAAUAAGAAGCAGGAAUAAUUUCAUAUACUUCGCAUUUGGACUCACUUUUGUAAAUAAAGUUAAUGAUCAGCCGUUAAACAAAAAAUUACAAAAUUUUUGGUUCCCAGAAUAAAAUGUCGUUUCGAACAACCAAACCCCAAAAAAUCACCAAUCUGAAGAAAGCUUCCUAAAAAUCUUCAUGCUAAGUAGUGUACUAAAAAGAAUUAUCACUUUCGUCCUCUUUUCACUUUUUUUUAGGUCAAUCUCGCGAAUUGCGCUUUCUUUCUUCCUUAUCGUUUGAAGGAAAAUACCUCGCAAACCACGUUAUAACAACGAUCAACGUACUUGACAGAGACCUGUGUGAGUUAAGAUGUUAUGUUGAGAGCAACUGCGUCAGUAUUAAUUAUGAAGUUCAACCAAACGCAUCACGAACACACAAAUGUGAUUUGAACAACUCAACUCAUAAAGAACAUGAAGAGGAUUUGGAAAGUGCACCAAGAUAUUCAUACCAUGGAACAAAUGUAAGAUUAAUUUUGUAAAACUGUAGAUAUUUUUAUUGAAAAAGGGUACGGCCUCAAAAGAAAUAACUCUACGGGUGCACCAUACGAGUCGGCUUAGAAAGGGAAAAACAUUUUCUUAACACUGCACGCUUGAAAAUCAAAACCAUAGCAAAGUCAUGAACGCAUAGCGUAAUUUUUGUUAAAUAAAAAUUAAAAAGGAAAAGAAAGGAAAAUUGGUCCUUUUUGUGGCUCUGCAGCAAGAAUAGGGAAAGAGCUGAAAAACUUCACCUUCCUCGAGAUAUAUCAGUAAUUAUUCAUAUUCUUUGUAAACAGAAACAUCUCGUUUGCAGCCGUAUUUACAACUUUUUUUUUCCCGGUUGGAUAGCAUGACAAAUAGUUCAAUUUUGCUAAUGAUUCCUGUGAUAUGUUACAGAAAGAAGCACCUUGGGAAUUUGAAAACUUAAGCAAGGAAUCAGGAAAGGAUACUGGAAGAAAAAAUAGUAAAAUUGGUAAUUUGUUGAAGCGUCGAUGCAUUUAGCACCUGUAUGCUAAUUAGACCGCUAUGAAAUCGAACGGAAUAAUUGAAUGGUAAAUUGCUAUUACUGGUGCAGGUGCGAGAAAACUUGAAACUAAUUUGGUUGCAUGUGCAAAUGAACGCUAGGAGCUAGGCAAGAUGGUGUCUAUCAGCAUGAUGUAUCUCUGGCUUACUAACUGAGCUCACUCGUUCAUGAUUUCAUUAUAUUAGCACCUAAAUGAAAAUAAUCGUAUAUAAGAAUCAUAUAUAUCGUAUAUAUAUAUUUAUAAUAAAGUUCGGAUAUAACGCGCGCUGUCAUUGGUUGAAAGAGCGUGCUCUAUGAGAGUAUAGAGCAUAGACCUGAGCUAAAGCUGUCACACCAUCUGCCAAAUUGUACUAUGUUCGACCUUUUCCGGGACUUCUUUUUAGCUUUUUUCCGAUAAUUGAAAGUGAAAUUUCGGAACAUGCGAGCCGGCAAGUAGCAACAGAAGAACCAAACAAAGGUUUGUAAAUAUAUCAGGCGCCGUAAUUUACAUUAUUAAAACGUGAGCAGAUACGAAAAUCCUCAAAGGAAAAACAAAAUAGACAUUCCGAGUUUUAAAGAUUUUCACGCUCAGUUAGAUUGCAAGCUUACGAACUGUAAUAAAAAUCAAACACAGCUAACACUCGUAUAGUAUAUAAAGUUCAGAGUUAAAAAAAAAACAGAACAAAAUAGAAAUUAUGAAAAAUAUAAUCAAACUGACAUAACUGUUAAAAUUCAUACUAAUCAUGACGGUGUCUGAGCAAAUAUGAUCAUGCUGAAGUCCAUCGCGGCUCGCUUAGCAUGGCGAUCUCCGGUCAUUACAGUAAAGCAAGCCUUAGAAACUACAUCGGCCGGCCUUCGAGUGAGAAAAUAAGAGCUCGCUCUGAUAUCCUUUCUGAUACGUUGAGUAGAAAGUCACUUCAGUCACUGCAGUCGAGUUUUGCGGCGCUGUCAUCCCGAGCGAUCUUCAUGUUCCGGUGAAUUCGGCUGUCGUUCAUUUAAAAAACACUCGCCUUGAACAGUUUGUUUUCUACCUUGUCAUGUGAAAAAACUCGCCUGUUUUUUAUGAGCCAUAAUUCGGCUGAAGUUCACUGAACAUUUCACUUGAAGAUUCUGUAUUAAAAACUUCAGGCAAAAGCGUUAAAAUCGACCUGCCGAACUAUUUUAGUUUGUAAACUAACGCAGAUUGUGAACUUUGAUGGUUUGACACUUUUGACAGCUUUUGUCUUGUAGAGCCAAUCAGAUUAUUUGAACCAUUCUAACAGGGAUUCUGAUUGGCUUAUUGUAGCGUGCUCUAUGAGAGUAUAGAGCAUGCUGACGACAUUGUUGUUCGCUUUGGAAAUAAAGUUUGUUUUGAAAAUUGAAAGUAAUACAUGGGGAAUUUGACGGAUUCUUUAUUAUAAAACAAAUAGAGAAGCCUUGACUGUGCUCUGUUCUGUUAUAAAGCACUUAGCACUUAGACUACGUCUCGUGUUUCUCCCUACACUUCUUUCGUGCUCUAGCCGCUUCCUGCGUGCUUUAUUACAGAACAGAGCACAGUCAAGGCUUCUCUAUUUGUUAAAUAUAUAUAUAUAUAUAUUUAUACACGAUAAACUGGCAUAACAUCAGGGUAGUAAAAAGUAGUAAAAAGUAAUAAAAAUUCUCCUUGUCGCUUCAUGCUACAGAAAACGAAAAAAAUAAACUGUACUACAGCGGCUGGAUGGGCCAUUUGGUUCGAAUGCAGACCUAAAUUUCAUUAUAUUGCAAUAUGGAGUGUCCUGUAUACUUCCGUAACAAUAUCAAACAUUUUUUUCCUUUUAAGAACCAUUGUGGCCAAGCCCCUUGCAAGAACAAGGCAAUCUGCCAGUCUGGUUUCACAAGCAAAGGAUAUCGCUGUUUAUGUAAACCAGGAUUUACUGGUCCUUUAUGUGAGAACGGUGAGAAAUGGAUUUCAAUUAAUAUUUCGACAUAAAUUUAAAAUAGCCUAAAAGAUAAAAUGUCGAUGAAAUGUUCAUACAAUUGGUGUUAAAUAGCACAGCACCUGAGCUCAGUCUAGCUCUGGCAUGCGCACUGGCUACUUUGCUCGCCUCCAGGGUUGACAUUCCUAUUUCAGUGGCUGCUCUUCUGUUACUGCCGCGGUUUUAAUCUUCCCAGCACCCGUUUAACUUUGGUGCAAAUAAAGAAACAUCCUCGAGAUCCAUGACAUGUAAAUUGGAUGAACUUUUUGCGAAAUUAGUUCAUGAAAUAUGGAUAUGAAUACACUUUACUUAACUUUGCUGAUCAGGAGAAUUUAUGACAGAAAUUAUUGCCAAAUUCCGAGGAAAAUGUAGCGCAAGCGAGGCUCCGUGGACACAGUUAGCAAUGACGUAAUCGUGCAUAAUUGUUAUUUUCCCCGAAUCAAAUUAAAUUACUUUUAUUUUUCCCCGACAACUUCCGAGCCAAUGGCAACCAAAUCAAUACAUCCUUUAAUAACCUCUAGAUGCCUAAUUUAACGCCCCAAGAGGAGAGCUAUUACUGGUGUCCAUAUGGUCGUAAUAAAAUAAAACAGUUAAUCUUCUAUCUCCCUCUGAACCUCAAGUAUCGAAACAAGAAUUAUGACGGUUUCAAGGGUUCAUAUAAGGAAGGAACAUCGGUUCAAAUAUGUGCAACCUUUUCCCCAUGACUGAAAAAAACUAUACUCUCUAAAUGCAGAACCUCUGCUUUCCAUCACAAUUUGUGAGGGAAAAUCAGGAGCCAUAACGUGUCAAAAUGGACAGAGAAUCCACAUCUUGGAUGCUACAUAUGGCAGAAGGAACAAACAAACAUGUCCUCAUCCUGCAGACUCUAACACCAACUGUCUUUCUCCAAAUUCUCUCUCAGCCGUGUACAACUUGUGUAACAACUUAGUGUCGUGUCACCUGGCGCCUAAUAACGGUAUGUUUGGGGGAGAUCCAUGUGGAGGAACCUUCAAGUAUCUUUUGGUCGAGUACCAGUGCGUGUAG